CAGCUUGAAUUGGAAGAAAGGUCAACACUUGCUUAUUUCUUGACGACAGGUCCCUCCUAAACUUUACUUCGUACGGUAGGCACAGUCGCCAGAUUGCCCACAAGGAUUGGUAGUAAGUAAUUGUCCGACUUCACUCGUCAAAUACGUCCAAAAUGGCUGGUGUUGAGACAUAUAAAAUUGGCGACUGGGAGUUACAAUCUGGGCAAUCAAUUCCCGAUGCCCAGAUUGCAUAUAAAACCUUUGGAGACUCAAAGUCUCCAGCAAUCAUUUAUCCAACCUGGUUCAGUGGAUCCAUCGCCGACAAUGAGUGGCUUAUCGGAGAAGAGCGCACGCUGAACCCAAAGAAGUACUUUAUCAUUAUCACCGCUUUAUUUGGAAAUGGGCAAUCGACCUCUCCGUCAAAUUCUAAUAUCAGGCCCUUCCCUAAGGUCACUUUCUUCGACAAUGUUCGCGCCCAGCACAAGCUCGUAACUGAGCACCUUGGCAUCAAGCAUGCUCGUGCUGUUCUCGGGUGGAGUAUGGGCGCAGGACAGACGUACCAAUGGGCCACCAGUUACCCGGAUUUUAUGGACAUCUGUGUACCCUUCUGUGGUGCUGCAAAGACCUCACUCCACAACCAAGUCUUCCUGGAGGGAGUGAAAUCUGCUCUCCUUGCUGCAAAGAAGCACUCAUCAGCAGGUGUAUGCGCAGAUGGAAUUCUUCCCCAAGGUGAUGAAUAUCGAACCUGGACUGCCGAAGAGAAAGAGGUUGGCUUGAAGGCUUUCGGCAGAGUGUAUGCUGGAUGGGGCUUCAGCCAGGCAUUCUAUCGUGCGAAGGUUUAUGAGACUGUGCUUGGCUUUAAAGAUCUUGAAGAUUUUAUGAAAAAUUUCUGGGAGACCUGGGCUCUUUCUAAAGACCCCGAGAAUUUGCUGGCGAUGUUGUACACCUGGCAAGCUGGUGAUUGCUCCAAACAAGAACCAUAUAACGGCGAUUUCAGAGCUGCAAUGCAAGCAAUCAAAGCAAAGACACUAGUGCUCCCCGGCCAGACCGACCUUUACUUCCCUCCCGAAGAUUCAGAAAUCGAAGUUGCAAAUAUGAAACCAGGAAUUGGAAAAAUGGUCCCAUUCCCCAGCAUCUGGGGCCAUUGGGCCGGUGGACCGGGAGAUAGUAAGGAAGAUGUGAAAUGGCUUGAUGCCAAGCUUCAAGAGGUUGGUCUGUGAGAGCCUGAAAUGAAGUUGGUAGAUAUCCCAGCAGUUUUAUGACGUAUCAAACCAGUAGAGAAUUGUUUGUAGCCCCCACCCCCAUUUGAGGUUCAGAAAUAUCAUCACAGCAAAGCGCACGUGAGAUACAGCAAAGAGAUACCU